AUGUCUUCCGGCCAAAAGCGCAGUUUUCCUCCAUCUCGCCGCCACGGCGAUAGACCAUCCUACUCCUCCUCUUGGGCCAGAGGUCGUCUCCGUGGCUCGAGCGGAACAAAAAUCAAUCUACCUGCUCCACGCGAGCCUUCGUUGGGUGCCCUGAUCGCCCAAAUCGGCAAAGAACAGUUGAAUGAGAAUUAUGAUAACGCCAACGAUGGAGCUCCAUGUAUCACAGGAUGCAGAACGGUGGCAUCAUACAACUGGCUUAAUAGAGCGAGGCCGACCAUUCUCGUGCCAGGUUGUCCGCCAGCUUGGACUCCUCUGGAGAAGCCCUGCCAGCUAUCAGAAGACAGCGGGGCAUACUUUCGUGAUCAAAAUGCCGCGCGCUAUUCCUCGCACCCCCUUCAGCCUGCUAUGGAAGCGGUCCUGAAACAGGAGCCUACCUUCGAUAUGAAUUCAGUUCACGUUGUGGCCUGCUCAAGAACCCUAGGGAACCUUCUUCGUUUCGUCCGCAACCCUGACAUGAAGUUCAGAAUCCUUGUUGAGGUGGUUGGGUCCACAGUUUUCUUCCUUCGUCACGAAAACUCCCCUACUGAAAUCAUUCCGGAUAUGCGUGGGUUCGGUCACACAUUUCCGGAGGCCUAUACCACAUGGGACAGGGAUGUCAGGGGCUCUGAAUCUCAUCAACGCGUAAUCAAAUAUCGAUUCGGCGAUGUGGAAUGUUUGGUACGCUUCGAAGCAGACGGCUAUUUUCGUGAUCGUUGCAGUGAUCCAGAUGGUGUUCCUGGGCCCCAAGAAUCCGCUAUUAUUUCGCUUCUGGGACAAGCUACGGUCAGUUCGCAUCAACCCGAGGAUACUGAAUCGCUCCAAAUCCAGGAUGGCGGACAUGAUGUACCUCAAUCAGCGAUCUUCGACCUCAAGACCCGAUCUUGCAUGCGCAAGGAUGAUGAUAUCAUGGCGGAAAUACUCCCUCGUCUUUGGGUCUCACAGACACCGAAUUUUCUGCUCGCAUUCCACGAGCGCGGCCGAUUCGACGAUAUCCGGAUUCAAGACCUCCAAUCUGCUGUCCAGGCAUGGGAAAAAAGGGAGUCAAAGGCUCUCUGUCGAUUUCACUCACUGCUUGUGCAGCUUAUCUCCUUUGCCCAUGGGCAGCCGGAUGGACGCUUUGAGAUUGUGCAUGAGGAAUGCGGAGAUGCGUUGGAGUUGCGAGAGGUCACGCCCAGCGUCAACCACGUGAUCCCCGACGGGCUCAAGAGUCCAGUACAAAUGCCAUCCAUGCAGUUUCAACAGUAUGUUCAUUCCCACAUCAAGGAGAUCAUAUCGAAGCUGGAUUAUAUUCUCCACAUUCUCCAAGCCCAUGCUCAGGAAGCUAUUGAUCCCCUUGUCCGGUCUCUCCACGAACUCUUUCGUGAACCCCCUCUCACAAUCGGAGCUUCCGAGACCAUUCCCCCUCCCAGUUUCGCCGAUUCGUUCCCGUCUCUCGAGUUUGAAGGAUAUCAUCAGUUCGUCAAUGCUUUCGGACGUCCGGAGUUUCUUGAAGACCUUCAUCUGUCCUUCCUUGACUACAUUCGAUCUCUCCACUCCGCCUUUCUUGGACUUGAUGAAUAUCUGCAGACACUUCCGUUCCCCUUCUAUCUGUUGAUCACAUUUCUCAGUAAAGCUCUCGCCCCUUUGAUUCUCAUGGUCAUUUAUCCAGUACGUUUAACAAGUCUUCUAGCGGGUGUGGUGACACAUUUGGUUAUUUUCAGGCGUGGAGAAUGGGAUCGUUCCUCGCCCAAGAUUGCCGUGACAUUCGGUGCCAUUGCAAUCGUGUCCAUGUUGUUGUUAUUCAACUUCCAGGGAUGGUCUCUCAUCUUAUUCUCCAAGCUCUGCGCCUUGUAUGUUUCCGGGAUCCUGUUGAGCACUUUGUUCUACCGCCUCUUCCUUCACCCGUUGCACAAGUUUCCGGGCCCAUUACUGGCACGCAUCACCGUGAUGUGGCGAAGGCCUACGUUCAAGUCUGUCUGGGCUGAUCAUAGUUGGUAUGGUGAUUUCGUUCGCAUCGGCCCAAGAGAAGUUUCCAUCAACAACAUUGAAGGCUUCCAUCAGAUCCAUGGGCCUGGUUCGCCUUUCGUCAAGGCUCCAAUAUAUGAAUGCACCAUGGAACGGACAUUACAUAUUACACGUGAAAACCCAAUGUUAACUGCGAGAACAACCAUGUGGGAGAAAUCACUAGAUCAGAAAGAUUGCCUCAAAGGUUACGAAGCCAUCGUUCGAAAGCACUGCGAAACUUUUAUUGAGUGCCUCAAAGCGAAAUCCUAUUCCAAGUUCGACAUCACCAAGUUACUCCGGUUUUUCUCCUACGACGUGAUGAGUGAUCUGGCUCUGGGUAACUCUUUUGGCAUGGUCAAAUCUCAGAAGAUGCAUUCGUCUCUAAGGCAGGAAAGCUUCAUACAAGACUUUGUGGGAUCGUUCAAGUGCGCUCCGUGGCUGGUUACUCUCUUGAAGCAGAUAUCAGUCAUCCGAGACUUACGAGCUGCUUGGUUCGAAGAUUGUGCCAAUUUGGUCGACGAGCGGCUUAAGGUACGCUCUUCUUAUUUUACCCCUGUCAUGCAUUCCUUUGCCUUUUCGAUCGCUGACCUGGGCCUCGUGACCAAUUCACAGCAAGGUCAGCAAGGUCAGCAACGCGCAGACCUCUUUUCUUCGCUUCUCAGCUACGCGAAGGCUAUGAACAAGAGUCAUACUUCCGUCCGUCAUUCGCUUUUAGAUGAUGCAGAUCUCGCUAUUUCGACCGGAACCGACAGCAUCGCGUACACCCUUUCGGCCUUGAUGUGGCUGCUCGCAACGCAUCCGAAACAACAAGAGUUGCUGCAUGAGGAGAUCCGUCGUUUUCCACCCACCGGGUCCGGUCUUCACCUCGAUUACACCAAGGAUAGUGCGUCUUAUCUGAACGCAUGUAUCAACGAGACCGUUCGGCUGUAUCCAGUUAUUCCCGGCGGGAUUCAGCGGUUGACUCCUCCCGAAGGCGUGACUAUCGCAGGGCGAUUCAUUCCAGGAAAUACGAUCGUGUCUACGCCAAUCUGGAGCAUGCAUCGUGAUCCACGCUACUUUGUCGCCCCGAACGAAUUCAUUCCCGAGCGCUGGACCACUCGGAAGGAUCUUGUUCUCAAGGGGGAAGCCUUCGCCCCCUUCCUGACCGGGCCAUACGGAUGCCCUGCGCAACAAUUUGCUACGAUGGAGAUCCGCAUGCUCAUCGGCUGGGUCGUGUAUGAUUUCAAGCUCCGAUCUCGAGAGGAAAACCGCAUCGGUAUAGAGAACAUAAUCAGGAACCCGGGUCCAGUGGAGAAAUUCAUCCUCCAGUUCCCGGCCCAUCAAUUGAAAUUCACGCCCAGAGACAAACGUUCUUCAACCGACGAUGCUGUCCACGAAGAAGUGAGCAAAAAGUUUCCCAGGACUCCUAAGAGGGCUGAUGAGUUUAAGAAGAAGCUUCAGCGAGAGAACGGGUCACAUUCCAAGGAGCGUCGUCGCUUUCAGACAGCCUUCUCUUGA